GGACCUGUUAUGUCGCUUGUAUUAUAGUAGGGGAAAAUGGUUAGUUACAAAGGUUUGAAGCUUCAAUAUGUAUUCAUAUUAGAAAUACUAAUGGAACAACGUGAUGAACUGUGACGAAUCAUAUUUAAGCCGUGCAUUUGAGUAAUAGACAGUGCUGAGAUAGAGUAAUACGUUGAUUGAUCUAGGUAUCUUUUGUAAGUGUAAAGUAACCUGUGUAAUAUGCAGAAACAAAAUAUGACGGUAAAUAAGGAUCUGCAGUAUGAGCGAAGUAGAUGUACUUUUGAUCCUAUCGAAAUUACAUAUUUUUUUGAUGGCAGUCCAGAGAAGAUGGAACAACGUCGUAAACGAGAACGAUACUUUUUGGACGAUCCACAGUUAAAACAAAACGUACCAUUAAAAUUUAGAAGUCAUAAAGAAGUAUAUGAAGAAUCUUUACGCUCUGCGUGCAAUGUGCUUAGCAAAGUUAAGGAAUUGCAAUUAUCAGGAAAGGCGGGCAUUGAACUUUAUAUGCAUAUCUUUGGAGCGAGACUCGGAUCUGCAUUGUUCCAAGAUGGGAAUCCAUUGACUCUACACUAUGCCAUGUUCAUUCCAGCUAUUAUGGGACAAGGCACUUCAGAACAACAAGAAUAUUGGCUAAGCAAAGCUAUUAGUGGCGAUGUUAUUGGAACUUACGCUCAGACUGAACUGGGUCACGGAACGUUUCUCAGAGGUUUGGAAACUACUGCAACGUACGAUCCUAAAACGAAAGAGUUUGUCUUAAACAGUCCAACUUUGACAUCUUAUAAAUGGUGGCCAGGGGGAUUGGGUCAUACUGCAAAUCAUGCGAUAGUUGUUGCACAAUUAUACAUACAAGGAGAAUGCAAGGGAGUUCAUCCUUUUAUCAUACAAUUAAGAGACGUGAAUACACAUGAACCUUUAAAGGGUAUUAUAAUCGGAGAGAUUGGUACAAAAUUGGGAAUGAACGGUACUGACAAUGGCUUUCUCGGAUUCCGUAACUUUAGGAUACCUCGGGAGAAUAUGUUGAUGCAGAAUUCUAAGGUGCUAGAAGAUGGAACAUAUAUAAAAUCAGUAAAUGAUAAGUUAACAUAUGGUACAAUGGUGUUCGUUCGAGUAAUGUUGCUGCAAGAUCUCCUACAUUAUUUAAUGAAAGCUGCUACGAUUGCAGUUCGAUAUAGUGCAGUGAGACGUCAGGGUCAAAUAAAUUCAGAAGAGUCAGAAGUACAGAUUAUUGAUUAUGUAAUGCAACAGUACAAACUCUUUCCACAUAUCGCCACAUGUUUUGUAAUAAAAGUUACUUUUACUUAUGUCUGGAAUAUGUAUAUUACCGUGCAAGGUGAAUUGCAUCAGGAUGAUUUUGAGAAAUUACCAGAGUUGCAUUCUUUGGCAUGUUGCUUAAAAGCAGUUAUAUCUGCAGACACAGCAGCUGGGAUAGAACAACUUCGGUUAUCUUGUGGCGGACAUGGAUAUAUGAAUGCCAGCAAUCUUCCAAUAAUUUACGGGUUGGCCACCGCAGUCUGCACUUAUGAAGGGGAAAAUACGGUCUUGCUUUUACAAACAGCUAGAUACUUAGUAAAAUCAUGGAAACAAGCUUUGAAUGGUCAGCUGUUACCAGAAUCUGUAAAAUAUCUUAAUGAAGCAGCGAAAGGAAUUAAACAACGUCCUUGGAAUAAUGAUUUAGAAUGUCUUAUUGAAGCGUAUGACGCAGUAGCUGCAGGUACUAUUCGUUUAGCAACGGAAAAUAUUGAUCGGAGGAUACGUAAUGGCAUUCCCUCGGAAGAGGCCUGGAAUCAAACUAGCAUCGAAUUAUCUGAUUGCGCAGUGGCUCACUGUCGAGCAUUUAUUGUAAAAACAAUCGUUAAAAUUUUUAAACAGUCUACCUCGGAAUCCGAUGAAUUUCGCGAAGUAUUGCUUCAACUUUAUGAAUUAUAUAUAGUAUAUUGGAUUUUAAGAAACUACGGCGCUUUUCUCCAGUUUUCUUCAAUGAAAAAAGAGGAUGUCCAAGUACUUCAAUCGCGUCUGGAAUAUUUAUUGAUGAUAAUCCGCCGAAAUGCUGUGGGAAUUGUAGAUGGUUUCGAUAUGGAGGAUGAUAUUCUUUGCUCGGCUUUGGGUGUUUAUGAUGGUAACGUUUAUGAACGAUUGUUUGAAGAAGCCAUGAAAAGUCCUUUAAACAAUGAAACUGUGAACAUAUCUUUUGAAAAAUAUUUGAAACCAUUCAUCAAAAGCAAUUUAUAAUGCGCGAUAUAAGCAAAAUCUUAGAUACAAUAAUUAUAUAGAAGAAGAAUGUAUGAAUGUUAUCCAUUUUACUACGAGUAAAAUGUUUG